GCAAAUCCGUCUCGUUACAACCAUGUUGACGCACCGUGCACGAGUCGCAAAGGCAUCAGGCGGACGCCAAAGGCUUUGAUGGAACAUCUAAAGAAGCACCAUAGUAGGACGAAUCGCUGCUUGGUAUGUUUCAAAUGGUUUAGUAAAAGUGAGGAUUUAGUUGCGCACAAGGCGGAAAAGGCUGGAGUUUUUCGCUGUGCGCUCUGCUGCAAAGAAUUUUCUAGGCAAUAUGAAUUUCAGAAGCACGAAAAGAAAGGUAAUUCCUGUCAAAUUGACGACAUGAGCAAGCCAGAGCUAUUCACAGAGGAGCAGGAAAAGACCUUCGAAGAAAUGAAGGGCAGGAUUGGCAAGCAAGGCGAACUCGAGCAAAAAUGGAGGUGGUGCCUUGUCGAACUGUUCCCCGAGCUGAAGGACAAGGCCGAUGACUUCUGGCCGUAUUACGACUUCACCAUACUUCCUCAUAUGUUGCACAAUCCACUUAGCAGAGAAGAGUUGCGCGGUGCGGCUGCUGGGAUACGACAUAAUGCGUCGUCUUCUGAUGAAGAAUAUGAGGAUGACGUAUCUGGACCUAGCAAUCCGGCCCAAGCUCAGGUACCAGCCAAGAAACGGAAAAGGAGCUAUAAGCAUUCAAAGCGGUAUUCGAGUUCUACGGUCGAUGACACGCGCCCGUCCCUGAUCUCGGACAAGGAAUCUUUAGCAGCAGCCUCAAGUAUACCAGAUCAUCCUGGGUUGACAUCGGCCCCAAAGGUCUCGGGCAACCCGAAAUUUAUGCUUUCACCCAACUCCUUCUCCCAUUCGUGCUCUCAGCUCAACCCCAGCGCUCCGUCAUUCUGCAACCAAAGAUAUACUGAUGCGAGCUCAUUUAUUCCCACCCAAACACACACCUCUUCCACUCUCCACAUUUGCACCUAUCCUGCACUGCAGAACUCAUUUCAACGAUCUGAUGAAGACUUUAAUGUUUCUUACUCAAACCGUGUAACAAACCAGUCCACAGAGGAAACGUUUCUCCAGCUCGGCUUAGGGAACACGACGGAGAGCAUACCAGAUUUCAAUGUCGAAGGCUCUGCAAUGGCUCAAUACUUUUUGGAGCCGUCUGGAAAAGAGCCGCCGUGUCCUCAAUCCGUCUUAACCCCAGUUCCUGUAUCAAGUGAGGCCCAGCCUUCUUGUGUUCAUGGCCAAUACGGAAAUAUGAUGGAUCCUUUUCUUCUCUGGACGCCAUUCUCACAGGGCUCCCUCCAGUCAGGUAAUCCACGGACAGGCAGCCACGAAUAGCAGAACCACACUUGACCAGGCUUAUCGGGAACACCUAGCGCCAUCAGGAC